ACACACAACCACCACACAUACUUGUGUUUACUUUAUUACAACAGUAAUCAGUUAAAAAUACAAUCACUCAUAAAGAUGUAUAAGAAAGUAAAACUGCUUAUGAAGAAAGUACUAAAAAUUCUCUGGUACAGUUCUGGGGGACUUUUGGCAUUCAAAUAUAUAUUGGGUUCCUCCUGUAAAAAUGUUGUGCCGUCUUUGAUACUUAACGAGGGAAAGCUAAAAUAAGUGAAAGAGUUAGACUAAUUGUAGAAUUAAAAUCUACAUUCAAAAUCGAAAAAGCAUAUUAAUCGCAGGACGAUAGCAUGCACUGUAGUAUAAUGCCACAUUUAUAUCCACAGCAAAGAUUCAACAGAAUGCAAAUUAAAUCAUGAAUACAAUGUGAGCCUUCGCAUUCAAUCUGAGCAAAGAAAUGUUUAUUUUGGCGUAAUCAAAAAAAUAAAAAAUAAAAAUCGUAAGAUAAACAACUCGCGUCAUAUUAAUCCGCGAGACAUUCAGUAGUUUCAUCCUCUCAGAGCAAUAGUCCUUCGGUUCACACCAUUACUUGACAAAACACUUAAAAGAUUAAGCAAAAUAGUCGAUAUACGUGUUCUCUAGAUAAAACAUAACUUUUAAAAUGAAUCAUGAUACAUUAUAAAACCGAUUAAGCGUUUGUCCCACUCGUCUUUUCCCCGUGACGGAUAAAUGAGUUCCGGCCAGCUCUGAGGACAGGAAGCGAGGAGACGCUGAUGGCGCCCGACUAGAAAGCAUAGCAACUAUUCGCUUUCAAAGAUUUAUUUAUUUCGCCUUAUUCGCGAGCUUGAAGAGCAAAACAGACGUCCAUUCACGAGCAGAGAUGGAUUCUGAUGACAUGGAGGUGGAGAGCAGCAGUGAUGUGGGGCAUUCUGGGAUGGAGGAGCCAUCAGAAAGCGGCAUGUGCAUGGAGUCUUCAGAAGCCAUGUCUGCUGAUAGCAGCGAUGCAGCCGCUCCUCCUGCUGCCACGGCCCCAGAAUCAGACUGUCACGUAGGACAGAGCUCAGAGGGACUUGUGGUGUUUAUCCCAGAGACAAGCUCCAGUACAGAUGUCCAAAGAGUUCAUCUCCCAGACUCCUCUUCUGUCGCCCAGUCAACCAGUGUGUCCAGUGUCUCCACGGUGACACAAUCGGUCCUGGUGUCGGAGUCUGUCCAGGUCCUGGUGCACUCCAGUGCUGUUUCUGAAGGAGGAAUGAUGGUUUCUGAUUCCACUGCUUCCACGUCUUCAGAUCUUGGCUCAGCUAUUGAUAAGAUCAUCGAAUCCACCAUUGGGCCUGACAUUAUGAAUGGAUGUAUUGCAGUUACAAGCGCAGAGGACGGCAGUGCAGAGACCACACAGUAUCUGAUACUCCAAGGUCCUGAUGAUGGAGCUCCUAUGGUGGCUCGGAUGUCUUCCUCUGCGCUGUCGAACCGCAUUGCCAUUGAAGCCCUUGCAGAUGGACCCACCUCCACUUGCCUGGACCAGGCAGACCUGUCAGAAAACCCGCAGGGCAGCGUGGAACCCGACCAGCCUGGACACUCUGGAUACCGUGAGCACGACGACAGCAGCAGUAGCUGCAGCCGCCCAGACCAGCCUCAGCACUCUCAGUACAUAGAAUGCAGUGGAGGAGACGACCCAGACCAGACCAGGGAGGCUCGGUACAUCGAAUGCUCGGGAGCCGAACCAGACCAGACCUCACAUCAUUCUGGGGUCACCGGCUACAACGUGGCUGACUCGGAAGAACCUCUUCGGCGUUAUGCAGCAGAGUGCAGCGGAACGAACGGUAGCCCUCAGAGACGCUCGUUUCGCUCCUCUCGCUAUGUCGUAGAGUGCAGUGAUGGGUUUUUGGAGUACGAUGCAGAGAGGGCGGAGCAGCCACAGCAUUCACGUUAUAUCGACAGCAGCAUGGAUGAUAGGGAGCACGUCUCAGCCUCGGAGCAGGAAGAAAGCGUGGUAGAAGAGCCCCAGCACUCCUACAUGCCGCAGGGCUCGCUAUAUGCCGACGAGGGCACUGUUCGCCAUUCCCUGGCUGACACAAUGGGGUCCCAGCUCACCGAUCAAAUGGACUGCAACGAUAACUUGCCUGGCCCAUACAUAAGUAGCAGUGGGACCUAUUCCACCCACCCAGAGCCUGAAGCGGUGGAGUCUGGGGUGGUGGUUGAGUCCGGGCACAGAACCCCAGACAUGGCCGAACUGGAGGAAAUGAUGGAGGUGGUGAUCGUACAGCAGUUUAGGUGUAAGAUGUGCCCAUAUAAAAGUGUCUCUAAGGAUACGCUCAUCAACCACAUGAGAGACAAACACUUUAAACCAACAGGUGUUCAAGGCCAAAAGAAACGUGGACGGGGGCGUCCUCGAAAGGCCGAAAGCAAAGCACGAGCGGCCGCUGCGGUCAAAAAGGAGGAGCCGCCGGAAGAGGAAGAAGAUGACAUCAUUGAUGCGGGCGCUCUUGAUGAUCAAUGUGACAGUGAUUAUAAGCCAGCUGAUGAAGAGGCCAGGCCCAAAUUGGCUGCCAGUCACUCCACUCCUCCUUCCUGCUCUUCAUCAUCUUCCUCUACCUCACGGAAACGUCCACGCAGGAUGGUGGGGCCACCCCGCAAAUUCCUUCCUGAGUCAGAGUCACCAGCAGUGUCUCAAACAAACAAUGCAGAGGAGCCUCAGGCUCCUGAAGAAGCAAGUUCCUCUGGAUUGGAGAAUGGAACUUCCUCAUUAUCCAAUGGGACGGCAGCGGAACCAGGCGUCAGCCAGUCAGAUUCAGAGAACAAAGAUCCCUCAUCAAACACAAGCCCUGAUGACCUGGAAUUUUUGCCCAAAAAACGAGGCCGGCCUUCAAAACGUUUCCUUCAGAAGAAGUACAAAAAGUACAUGAAUCGCAAUAAAUACUACAGAUCCCUUAAGCCUCUGCUGAGGCCUCAUAAUUGCUGGAUCUGUGGCUCUCGCUUUCUAUCACAAGAGGAUCUCAGAUUCCAUGUGGAUUCUCAUGAGGGAAACGACCCUGAGCGCUUCAAGUGCCUGCAGUGCAGCUACCGCUGCAAACGGUGGUCCUCACUGAAGGAGCACAUGUUCAAUCAUGAAGGUACAAAACCUUACAAAUGUGAGGUAUGUGAUUACUCCAGUGUUUACAAGAAAGAUGUGAUCCGGCAUUCAGCCGUCCACAACAAAAGCAAGAGUCGGAAGACAGAUAUGUCUUGUGAAAAUCCUUCACAGGUUCCCAAAGUGUCCGAGUUUCCAUGCCCCAUCUGCUGCCGCGUGUACCCCAUGCAGAAACGCCUGACGCAGCACAUGAAGACACACAGCACGGAGAAACCUCACAUGUGUGACAAGUGUGGGAAAUCCUUCAAGAAGCGCUACACUUUCAAAAUGCAUCUUCUCACGCACAUACAGAACUGUGGCAACAGCACGUUUAAGUGUGAGUUUUGUGAGUACACCUGCAAUGACAAGAAGCACCUGCUCAAUCACCAGCUGUCCCACACCAAUGACAAACCUUUCAAAUGUGAAGAGUGCAAAUACUCCACGAGUAAAGAGGAUUUCCUGGUGUCCCACAUUGCUAUUAAACACACUGGUGAAAAGCCCUUCUCCUGCGAAAUGUGCCACUUCACAACAAGACAUAGAAAGAACCUGCGGCUGCAUGUGCAGUGUCGCCACCCCGAGGCCUUCGAUGAGUGGAGUCGAUCCCACCCAGAGGAGCCAAUUCGUCGACGGCAGACGCCCGUUUUCACCAUGGAGGAGAUUGAGGAGCUGAAAUUACAGCAAGAAACCCAGGGAUUUCAGGGGACAAUUGUAACGGUAAACCCCAUUACUCUCCAAACCAUGGAGUCCAUAGGGAACACAUCUGUAUCCCAAGAUGCACUAGGAAACACUACCAUCAUUUAUGAGCAAGCCCAGAAUACAGACCUAUCAGCCCAGAAUGCUCUAGAUCUGUUGCUAAACAUGAGUAACGCCAGAGAACUGCAGGUGGCGGUGCUGAAAACCGACGGUAAGACUUUAGAGACGGGAGCAUGGCCCGGAGCUGGCUCUGGGGGUGAGCCUCAAAAGAUCGUCACCUUCCAUGUGUCAGAAAACGGGGACACUCUGGUUCAGGAGGCGUUUGAGGCUGCUACAGGGGCCGCGGAGCAAGAGGAGACAACUGAUGCGUCGCAGGAAGUGACGCAGAUUGGCAUCGGUGCAUACGAGGGAGCAGAUUUCAGUGUGGUUGAGCAGGCCUCCGACGAGACGGCACACAGCAGUUUAGAGGAACCUUCAGCAGAGCCUCAGGUCAUGGAAGUGAGCACGGAGCCCUUGUCCAUCUCUACACCUCUCAAAGAGAAUAAAGAGAAGUUUUUCCUGAGCUCAGGCUUGACUGAUGGAGUCCUGCAGCAGGUAGAGCUAAGCAGUGAAGCUCCAGGUUCCCCUUCUCUGUGUCCAUCACCCCCUUCUCAACAGUUCAACACCAAACGCUUCUCCUGUCGCAUCUGCAUGGAGGCUUUCCACGGCCGCUCGGACAUGGAGAACCACAAGAGGGCGCACAUAGACCCCAAAACAUUCAAGUGUCCAGACUGUGACUUUACAGCACCUUCUUGGCCAGAAGUCAAGUCUCACAUGGCCAUGCACGCAUAUUUGAGGCCUCAUAAAUGCACCAGCUGCAGUUUUGCUUCAAAAAACAAGAAAGACCUGAGACGCCACAUGAUGACACACACCAACGAGAAGCCUUACGCCUGUCAGGUCUGCGGCCAGAGGUUUAACCGUAACGGCCAUCUAAAGUUUCACAUGGAAAGGCUUCACACUCAGGAACCCUCGCCCCGUAAAACCCGCUCUGUCCCUUCUCAGCAGACCAUCAUCGUUAACAGCGAUGAAGAAGCUUUAGCCACACUACAGAAUCUGCAGGCGGGUCAGACAGUCAUCAGUCCGGAGAGGUUGCAGCAGGCUUUGGGUCAGGAACACAUCAUUGUGGCUCAGGAUCAGUCGCUUUCUGACCAGGAGGAGGCGACAUAUAUUCAGCAGAUCACAACAGUAGACGGACAGACGGUACAGCACUUAAUGACUGGAGACAAUCAGGUCACUGAGGUCCAGUAUAUCAUCUCUCAGGAUGGAGUUCAGCACCUUCUCCCACGGGAAUAUGUGGUGGUAUCUGAUGGAAACCACAUUCAGAUGGAGGAUGGGCGGAUCGCUCACAUUCAGUACGAGCAUGAUGGGACGUUUCUGCAGGAGCAACAGAUUGCUCUGUCUCAGGAUGGACAGAUCCAGUAUGUCCCCAUCACUGCCGAGCAGCAGGUUGUCGCCCCUGAGGACCUGGAGGCAGCCGCCCAUUCCGCUGUCACUGCUGUUGCAGACGCAGCCAUGGCUCAGGCUCAGGCGGUUUACACAGAGGCCACACCUGAACAACUGGAGCAGCUGCAACAGCAGGGCAUCCAGUAUGACGUCAUCACUUUUACUGAGGAGUAAAAACAAGACACACACUUUGACUAUUAUUUAACAAGCACCGACACAGACAGAGCAUCUGCGGCUCGUCUCAGUUACAGAUGCCUGCAGUGGACAUCGCAAACUUUGAUGAGUUAUUCCACAGACUUAAAUUAGAAAGAGGGUGAAUGUACAGUUAGAUCCUCUCUGCAAAUUAUACAACUUAUGCCAUUGUAAAUAUUUAGAGCAUUUAUCUUUGUGUGCCUACAGUGUUUUGCCUUGUAAAGAAAAGAAACACGAAAGCCGAAAGGAGCCUGUAUAGAGAAUCCUGUAUAUAAUUCUACAUGUUGCUGUGAUGUAAUACGGUGGAUGCUACUUCAAAGACAGUGUGUGAAUAGUAGACUGGAGGAUUGACAUUAACAUUGUUAUGAAACAGUUCUUAGCUGUUUCUAAAGUGCUUAUAAAGGAGGGUUAAUCAUUUGUUUUCAUUUUAUGUAAAAUGUGCUGUUUCAUCUUUAGCUUCUUAAGUUUUAAAGAUUUGUUUUUCUUUGAGAUGGCUACUGAAAGGAACUUAAAAUGCAUACCAAAUAAAUCACAACCUCUUUAUCUGAACGUAUCGUUUUUCUUAGUGUCAUCAUCAUGCUAUCAUAUUCUACAGGUUGUACAGAGCUGCUGCACUUGAUACAAGGGAACAGAAUAUAAUAGAAUAUGAAAUAGUUUAUGGUGCGUUAUUUUUGCUUUGUGUACAUUAUUAAGACAUCUUAAUGCCAAGCUUUGUCAGGUUAAAAAAAGUUUCAAGUGAACUCGGAUGUGUCAAAUCACUGCAUUCUAUUCUGCAUUUUGUCUGCCCAGUACCAAAGAUAAGGUCCAUCCAAUUGGCUAUUAAAAGGUUGGGUUUUUCUUUUGUUUGAGACAUGAGCUGUAAAACUGGAUAUAACUGCAGAGAUAUUGUUGAUCAACUAACGUGUAAUGUUGUGGUCGGUCAUUGCAUUUGCCAAGUUUCUUUUGAAUUUGCAGGCUAAAGGUAGAGUCAACAUGAUUUUCUAUUGUAUUCAAUUACUGUAGAUAUGGGUAAAUCUUAAAUGAACCCUGAACACCAUUGGUAAAGCUUCUGGAGAUGAUGCCUCAGAGUAAUAUUCAAUUAACUGUUUGUGGUGGUAAAGAAAUAUCUGGCUUCAUUACUGAGUGACUGUCUUGAUUAACACAUUUGAAGAACGUCAUUUUGACCAAGAAACAAGGACACACUUCCUAUUCCUGUCAGUUGUUCGUCAUGGUCUUAUAUUUAGAUGGUUUGUUCCUCAGUUUGACAGAAGAAUUAAGUUCUCCACAGUCAGUCCAGCUUUAGAGAACAUUUGAACUAUUAGAGAAGAAAAUGAAACUGAUUUUCUUUCUUCUUGUGCUCUUGAAGAACGAUCUCAGUGGAGUAAACACAACUCUUCUCUCUGCAAAAUCAACCGUCAAGCCAGCAGUCUGGAUGCCGUCUUCUCCAUCUACAGCCAUUGUUUCUGAGAAUGAUGCAGAGAAACUUGGCUGGAGAACAUCCUUCAUGCUUGGUGCUGUUUUGAGUCUUGUGGUGUUUGCUGCCGUCUCAGUGACUCUUGUGUUCCUUCACAAGACUGAGAAGAAAAAAUCCACAGAUAAAUACAGAACUUGCAGUUCUCUCGACACCAUUAACGCCACUGAUUUUUAAAUAUAAUGGCUGAACAUAGUCCAUGCUUUUCUUUGUACACUCAGAUAAAUACAGAACUUGCAGUUCUCUCGACACCAUUCUGGAGGUGACAUAUGUUCUGCAGAACAACCCUACAGAUGGACAGAUUCUAGAGUACUUAAAGAGCAGACACAAUGAAAUCACUGAGGUACAACUUCUGCUUCAGUUUGUAAGAAUCACUAUAAAAUAGGUUCAAAUAAAUAGGUUCAAAAUUCUCAGUCAUAUGGGCUGAUGAUGAAAUCACAGAUUGACAGAACUGUCUCCAUCUCUUCUUCUGUCUUCCAUUGCCCUGGGCCUGUAUAUAAAUUCUCAGGAUGGUGUUCAACAAUUAAUCCCACAAGAGCUUGUUAUGGAAUCUCAAGGUUGAACGCCAAACAAAACAUAAAGUCAUUUCUGUGUCAAUUUCUUGGUGGAUAGGGACAUUAUGUCCAUGACCUUUAACAAUUUCCCCAAUAAAGUUGCGAUCAUUUAAAUGUUCAAUCAACAGAGUAUUCAAUUCUAGAAUGUUCUCUAAUGCAAGAAAUAUGAUGGAGGGAUGAAAACAAUCGAAACUUGGAGAUCAGAGGUGGUGCAAAUCAAAAUGGGUUCAGGCACCCUAAAGGGGUGUCAUAGAAAAAAAAGUAAAAAAAAUUACUAAAUUUGACUUUACUGUUUCAGUGUAAAUGCUGGUUGGAAAUCAUGAGAUUAAUCACAUUUAUUUUUUGACAGUAAUAGUAUACACAUCUAACAACGAUACUCCUAAUGAUGGGUAGAACAACAUAUAUUAACUUAGAUGAUAUAAAAUUGAUAGUUUUGUGCAGAUAUGGUUGUUAAGAUAACAUGUAAUGCUAAAGCAUUAUGCGGUUUCUCAUAUGCUGAGAGAGCCGUCGAAAAUUAUUUUCUGAUGUGUUUGAAAACAUGUCACUUGUAUUGAAAUCAAAAUAUUAAAUUAACUGUUUGUGGUGGUAAAGAAAUAUCUGGCUUCAUUACUGAGUGACUGUCUUGAUUAACACAUUUGAAGAACAUCAUUUUGACCAAGAAACAAGGUCACACUUCCUUUUCCUGUCAGUUGUUCGUCAUGGUCUUAUAUUUAGAUGGUUUGUUCCUCAGUUUGACAGAAUAAUAAAGUUCUCCACAGAUAGUCCAGCUUUAGAGAACAUUUGAACUAUUAGAGAAGAAAAUGAAGCUGAUUUUCUUUCUUCUUGUGCUCUUGAAGAACGGAACGAAUCCAACUGAAGGACUGCAUGUGAUUUAUUUAUCAGGGCAAAUUAUUUUAAAAUAUUCCUUUAAUUCGUAUUAUAAUAGUUUUGAAAAAGUUUGCUGUAAGUUUUUUCAGUGGAAUUGCUUUGUGAAUAGUAGAGGACAAGUUGAUCCUCUGUAUGAAGGAAGAAUAUACAUCAGAAACUACAUUGGAGAAUUUGAAGUAAGAAUUACAGACCUGACUGUAAGGGAUGCUGGCAAAUACAGAUGUGGUGUCAGAAUAUUCCCUUCCACCUUUGAAGAUGUUGAAGUUACAGUUUCUGACAUAAAAGAUCUCAAUGGAGUAAACACAACUCCUCUCUCUGCAAAAUCAACCAACAAGCCAGCAGUCUGGUGGUCGUCUUCUCCAUCUACAGCCAUUGUUUCUGAGAACGACGCACAGAAACUCAGUGAUGACUGGAGAACAUCCUACACUCUCGCUGCUGUUUUAACUGUUCUGGUGUUUGCUGUCAUCUCAAUGACACUGCUUGUGUGUCGUCUAAAGACCAAGAAGAAAAAAUCCACAG